AUGGUCGGGACCACGCCGCCUCUUAUGGCUGUUUUUGGGUCGACUGACUCCUGGCUCCGCCUACUUGUGCUGGACGACUUUGAGGGGACCAAAUGGGGCUGGCUCCUACUCGGGGGCGUUGUGCUUCUUUCCGGGGGAGCACGCUUGGGGAGUAUCAUGUGGAGCUACCUCGCUGGACUCCGCCGCGAUCUCCAGGAAAUCAAAGCCGUUUGUGAAUCCUUAAGUGCGAGCCUGGACAAAUGGAGCACGAUUCACUCCGAGAACUUCGGGCGGCUGGAGCGAAGUAUCAUACUCCUCCUUCAGGACCACCGCCGAGCUGUGGUUUGUGAGCCGCAGAGCUUCAUGCAACCACUGCUUUUGGAGAACUGGAACCAAACCCGCCUGGACAUUCUUCAACAAAUCAGGCUUUUGGGCCUGGAGCUACAGGACAUGCGCCAUACCAUGGAUGACCUCAUCAAGGUUCAGGCUCUGAUUCGGAAGUCUUUAGUUCCCGUGACCACAGACACUCCUGCGGACAUCAAGGAAAUCAAUGGGCACUUGUCUAUGAUCAGAGAAGGGAUCGAACUGGACACGCAGGGCCUGAUUGGAGCGGUCCAUGGCAUGGAAGAACGCUUACAACGCGUUCGUCAGGAACAACGCGCGCAGCCUGCCCUACACCCCCAUUUCCAGUCGGAAGUGCUUGUGCAGCUCUCUGUCAUUCGCUCACACCUGAGCUCUGGAGGGCACUUGGAGGAUGCCACCAGGCCUGAUCCGCCUCCCUGGACCUGA